AUGGAAAAGAGUGCUGAAAUCCCUCAAAUUUGCACAAAAUCACAAGAAUCAAGCGAUAACACUACCGAGGGCGGGGAUGAGUGGUUGAUUUCUAUAGAGAACUAUGUUGAAGACGCAACAGAGAAACCUCAAAUAGAAAAGGUUCCAUCACUGAUGCGAAUGAUUGAAUCAAAAAAAGGUUGUUAUGAUCCUCUGGUAGUUUCGAUAGGCCCUUAUCAUCAUGGAAAGCCAGAGCUCAAAGCAUUCGAGAAGCUAAAAAUUCCAAUAGCGCUGAAAUUUUGGCAUGCCUGUGAAAAGAAAGUACCCAUCAAACAGAUAUAUGAAGCGGUGGCAAGGGAGGGUAAAAGUGCCCUCGAAUGCUAUGCCUAUGAGAAAGGCUCGACUGGUUUUGAUGACUAUAAAUUGUUCAACAGAAUGAUGUUUCUUGAUGCUUGCUUUGUGCUUCAUUUUUUGUCCACUUUCUUAGAAGAUAAGGAGCAAAACGAAGUAGAUCAACGACUGGUUACUGACUUAAACGGUGAGGAACAAAACGAAGUUACUGAACGAGUGGUUAAGAGUUUGUACUCCGUGUUGAGGGACUUGCUCUUGCUAGAGAAUCAAAUUCCUUUUCUAGUACUAAAAGUUCUGUUGGAAUUCAGGUUUGAAAGAGAAACAGACCAGACAUCAUGUAUUCAGAAGUUCCUCGAUCGGUACAUCUUAAUGCCAGCUCAGGAAAAUUCAUGCACUAAUGAUGUCAAGAAAUUUCUUGCACAAAUGAAGGAAUGCUGCACUAAAAGUGGUCAAGAAAUGACUAAAUGGAAAUUAGAUUUGGAUUCAAGCCCUCCUCACCUUCUACAUCUAGUGCGGGAACAACUCAUCAGUCCAUUUAUGCAUGAAAGUCAAAACAAGAACACAUUUGUCAAACGGCAAUCGUAUCGUUCACUAACUGAGCUCAAAUCAAGAGGAAUUCAUUUCAAACCAAGCCAAACUGGAAAUCUUACUGAUGUAGAAUUCAAAUCUCGCCUUAUUUAUGGUACUCUUACACUUCCUUCAAUCGUUAUUGAUGAUAGAACAAAAUCUUUGUUUUUAAACUUGGUGGCUUAUGAAAAGUGUCCCCAUGGCCCUUCCGAUUUGCGCAUUACGUCAUACAUUUGUCUAAUGGAUUCACUCAUUGAUCAUCCUGAUGAUGUUAAAGAGCUCAGGAAGAAAACAAUUCUUGUCAACUAUUUAGGCAGUGAUGAACAAUUGGCAAAACUCUUCGUGGAGAUAUCUCAGGAUUUGAUACCUCAUCCUCAUGCAUAUGCACACGUUAUGUAUCAGAUUCAAAAUCAUUGCCAGAAAAAAUUACCNNAAAAUCAUUGCCAGAAAAAAUUACCAGCCUGGGUACAAUCGUGGAUGGUUGAAGAAUGGAUGCAUAAAUAUUUUAGCAGUCCUUGGGCUUUCUUGGCCGUUCUAGGUGCAAUUAUCGCCCUUUUCCUUACAGCGGUACAGACAUAUUUUACUGUUUUUCCGCGCAAAACCUAA